AUGGUGGAAAAGAUCCAGAAAGAGCAGAUUCGAGUGGAGGUUGAUGGAAUAAAUGAACAUUCCUCGAACUUCACAGAGGAAAAAGUGGUUUUUAACGAUUUCUACAUUAGCAGAGAGAAAAGAUGGAAUUUAUUCUGGACAUCGAAAUCUCCUAAAAGUUCGAAAAUUGAUGCUCCUUUUUAUCUUUGGAAUCCCAAAGAAUUAUCCAAAGAAGAAAAAAAGGUUUAUGUCAAAGUGGAUUGCAUAAUUUUGACCUAUGUCUGCUUGUCAUUCUUUGUAAGAUACCUCGAUUAUGCUAACGUCAGUAAUGCUUGGGUCCUGGGAAUGCCGGAGGAAUUGAAUUUAGCUCCUAAUGCUCUAGUCAUUUUAAAUAAGGUGUUUUAUGUUUUGUAUGCUAUUUUCGGAGUAUUGGGUCCAAUCGCUCUAACUAGAUUUGAGCCAAAGCUUGUGUUGCCAAUUAUAGAGAUAUCGUGGGCAAUAUUUUGUUUAUUAUGUGGAGUUGCUUCUCAUAACUUCAAAAGUUUAUUGGUCUUUAGAUGCUUUCAAGGUGCUUUAGAAGGCUGCUGUUUUCCAUGUAUUCAUUAUAUUUUAGGUAGCUUUUACCCGCAUAGCUUAUUAAGCUCGCGUACUGCAAUAUUCAUUGCUAGUGGUGCUGCAGGAACAAUGUUUGGGGGUUAUAUACAAUCGGGAGUUUAUGCAACAUUGAAUGGGAGAUAUGGAUUGGCAGGUUGGAGAUGGAUCUUUAUAGUUGAUGCCAUUAUCACUGUUGUACCGGUUGCUAUAAUAGGAUUUAUAUUACCAGACUUUCCUAACAAUUAUCCUAAAAAGAAUUUUUUUUUUAAUAAACGAGAAUAUGAGAUAUUAAGGAAAAACUUAGCAGUUGUGAAAAACGUUAGAGAAAACAAAGAGUUCAGUUGGAAACAAAUAAAAAAUGUCUUUGCUUCGUGGCAAUUCUGGGUUUUCAACGCAGGGUACACCUUAAAUCAUCUCCCGAGUGAUGCAGGUUCUUACUGGGGUGUAGUGCUUGAAAAAUUAGAUUAUAACGUUUAUCAGAGAAACAAUAUUCCUACGAUCCAAUCUGCUGUCAAUAUCGUAGUAACUGUUCUUACUGGAUGGUUUUGUGAUGUGCGUAAAAAGAAAUGGGAAGUCAAUUUGUUUGUUUCAGUAGCUUGGUUGGUGGGGUUGAUUAUUCUAACUAUAUAUGAUGUUCCUCGGUCGGCGCUAUUUGUUGGAUACUCCUUGCAAGGCUUCUCGGGUGCAGCAAGCUCUAUUAUGGUGAGUUGGACUAACGAAAUGUGUCGAGAAAACCCAAUUCUCAGAAGUAUAACCUUGGGCAGCUUGAAUCUCAUUAUGAUAAUUCCAUCUACUCCCUUGGGUAUCUUUCUUUUCACAACUGCAAAAGCUCCUAGGUAUCGCGCUGGUAUGUUGUAUUCUUUGAUAGUUCUUAUUGUAUCAACACUUUUCACUUUUGUUAUUAUUUUAUUUGAUAGAUAUCAAAAUAGAAUAAGAGAUUUUUAUAACGAAAAGGUGAAUUCAGAAAAUCAAAGCAAUGAGUAA